AAACACCUGAGCAUUGCCCAGGAAAUCGGUGACAGGGCAGGAGAAGGAAGAGCCUAUGGUAAUCUUGGCUUUGCUUAUCAUUCCCUCAGCAAAUUCCAAGGAGCAAUAGAGUACCACAAGAAACGCCUGAGCAUUGCCCAGGAAAUCGGUGACAGGAAAGGAGAAGGAAGUGCCUAUGAAAAUCUCGGCGUUGCUUAUGAUUCCCUCAGCGAAUUCCAACGAGCAAUAGAGUACCACAAGAAACACCUCAGCAUUGCCCUGGAAAUCGGUGACAGGAAAGGAGAAGAAAGUGCCUAUGGUAAUCUCGGCAUUGCUUAUCAAUCCCUCAGCGAAUUUCAACGAGCAAUAGAGUACCACAAGAAACACCUGAGUAUUUCCCAGGAAAUCGAAGACAGGGCAGGAGAAGGAAGUGCCUGUGGUAAUCUCAGCGUUGCUUAUCGAUCCCUCAGCGAAUUCCAACGAGCAACAGAGUACCACAAGAAACACCUCAGCAUUGCCCAGGAAAUCGGUGACAGGGCAGGAGAAGGAAGUGCCUAUGGUAAUCUCGGCGUUGCUUAUCUAUCCCUCAGCGAAUUUCAACGAGCAAUAGAGUACCACAAGAAAAGCUUGAGCAUUACCCAGGAAAUCGGUAACACGAAAGGAGAAGGAUGUGUCUAUGGUAAUCUCGGCAAUGCUUAUCGAAACCUCAGCGAAUUCCAACGAGCAAUAGAGUACCUCAAGAAAAGCCUGAGCAUUGCCAAGGAAGUUGGCGACAGGGAAGGAGAAGGAAGAGCAUAUGGUAAUCUCGGCGUUUCUUAUCAGUUCCUCAGUGAGUUCCAACGAGCAAUAGAGUACCACAAGAAACACCUGAGCAUUGCCAAGGAAAUCGGUGCCAGGGGAGGAGAAGGAUGUGCCUAUGCUAAUCUCGGCAAUGCUUAUAGACAACUUAGCGAAUUCCAACGGGCAAUGGAGUACCACAAGAAACACCUGAGCCUUGCAAAGAAAAUCAAUGACAGGGUAAGAAAAGUUGGUGUCUAUCGUGAUCUCGGCGUAGUUUAUGAAUCCCUCGGCGACUAUCAACAAGCAAUAGGGCACUACAAGCAAUUCGUGAGCACUGCCAAGGAAUUCGGUGAAGGGAGAGAAGAAGGAGUUUCCUAUUGCCAACUCAGCAGGGCUUAUUAUCUUCUCAGCGACUUUAAAGAGGCAAUAGAGUACUCAAAGCAACAACUGAUCAUUGCCGAGGAAAUCGGUGAUAAGAUGGGAGAAGGAUGCGCCCAUAACGGCCUGGGUCACAAUCUUUUACCAUUAGGGUUUUUGAAUGAAGCUUUAGAUCAUUUUAGAUGCAGUGUCAAAAUCUUUGACACAAUCAGAGCCAGCUUUAUUUCCGAAGAUGGAUCAAAAAUACGUUUUCGUACGCAUCGUCAAUGUGCCUAUACUAAAUUAUGGCAAGUUUUACUCAUGCUUCAAAAGAAGGAUGAAGCUUUAUACGCUGCUGAGAGAGGACGAGCACAGGCUUUGCUCGAUGCCUUAAAAGUAACUUAUGGCCUUACGUCACAUUCUCCCAGGUCAAUUGAAUCUGAAGGAGAAGUCACAUAUAUUUCAAAGAAGACAACUGUUUUAACAGUUUUUCUUGCCCUGCAAUUGAAAACAGUCAAUAUGUGGGUAUUGCGAAAAGAGGGCGACCCUAUUUUUAGGCAAGCAGAGUUAGAAAUUGGAGGUGCACACGAAGAUUCUUUUGCUCUUCUUUUAGACACUGCUUUGAAGGGCUGGCGUCGGUAUUAGGUGCGAAAAUCGGUCAAUGGAUAAGAUGAGUGAUGACCAAACUUCAACUACUCGAGACGAUGAUCAAACAUCGGAGCCCUUACAGGAGACCACCGACUGUUUACGGCCAUUAUAUGAUGCAGUUCUUGGUCCCAUUGAAGACUUGCUUGAUGGUGAUGAACUUAUUGUAGUUCCUGACGGCGCUUUGUCUAAAGCUCCUUGGGCAGCCCUGAGUGAAACUUUAAGGAUCCGCACUGUUCCCUCACUGACAAGUUUGAAACUCAUCACAGAUUCUCCAUCUGGACACCACAGUAAAAGUGGAGCCCUGCUUGUCGGAGAUCCAUGUUUGGUGAAAGUUACAAAUAAACGGGGAAACCCCAUUUAUGAUCAACUGCAGUACGCAAGAAUGGAAGUGGAGAUGAUUGGACAAAUUCUAAAGAGUCAACCAUUAACAGGUGAAGACGCAACCAAAGAAGCGGUACUUCAAAGAAUCGCGUCAGUUUCUUUGGUUCAUAUCGCAGCCCACGGAAGGAAGGAAACUGGAGAAAUUGUUUUGGCUCCAGACCUUCGAUGGGAAUCCAAGACUCCUACGCAUGAGGACUAUAUUUUGAAAAUGUCUGAUAUACAAGCUGCGAAGCUGAGAGCAAGACUAGUUGUGUUAAGUUGCUGCCAUAGUGGUCAAGGACCGGUCUCGUCUGAGGGUGUGGUCGGUAUGGCACGUGCUUUCUUGUUUGCUGGUGCUCGUUCCGUGCUGUCGACACUCUGGGCAAUUGAUGACCAAGCCACAAUGAUGUUUAUGAAAUCUAUCUAUCAACAACUUGCAAGCGGAGAAAGUGCAAGUGGUGCUCUUCAGAGGGCCAUGAAAUGUCUUCGAGACUCCCACGAUUAUUCUGCUUCAAAGUACUGGGCUCCUUUUGUUCUGAUGGGCGAUGACAUUAAGAUUGAAUUGGAAAAAAAGUCAUUGAGCAAGUCGUAA